AUGUCGUCGUUGAACGAUGAGCCAGAUGAAAAUAAUCAUAUUUUCUACGAUCCAGUGACAAUUUUGAGACCGAUUUCUCGCGCUACUGGUAUUAAUUUGGAUCAGUUAAACUUCGUGACAGUUCUUUUCUUUUCCUUUGGCUUGGGAUACUGGUUCCGUCUACAGUUCCGUCAGGCAAAUCGUACAACUCGUGCCGCCGUGAGCACUGGAAUAGGCCUGGCUUUCACCUAUUUUUGCUAUGGAAAUGCCAUCAUCCAUCUAUUCAUCAAUGGAUUCGGUAGCUAUAUCCUGAUGCUUACAGUAACCCCAAGACACGUUCAUAAAGCAGUAUUUGCCUUUGCCAUGGGAUAUCUUCUUUUGAUACACGCCUAUCGUUGGAUGUAUCAGAAGACGUACUGCCUGGAUGUGACUGGGAGUAUGAUGGUAGCAGUUGGAAAGAUCACACUUUUGGCAUCGGCUAUUACGGAUGGUAUGGGAAGAGAGGAAUCGGAAUUGAGUGCUGGACAGAAGAGAGAUGCGGUCAAGAAAAUUCCGAGCUUGCUGGAUUUUGCAUCUUACAUGUUCAAUUUCCAGACAGUAAUCGUUGGUCCCAUGAAUCACUACUCCACCUGGUCCACUUUCUUGGAUCUCCAACACGUCCCAACCAAUGAAAAAACCGGAAAACCCUACGAUCCCACUUCGACAGCAAUGCGAAAAUUUGAAAUUGCGAUUGGAUUUUCUGUGGUUUACACAAUAACCGGACCAUAUCUUCCAAUGACAUUGACUUCGGAUCCAGUGAUCAAUGAGUACAAUUUGUUUAUUUGGUGGUUGAUUACAGUAGCAGCAUCUACAGUACACAGGCUCCCCUAUUACUUUGCUUGGACUAUUUCUGAUGCCAUCUGCAACGUCUCCGGAUUCGGUUACGAUGGCCUUGACGAUGAAACUGCGGAGGCCAAGUGGUCUAAGACUACAAAUGUGAAACCAUUGAGAGUCGAGUUCGGUCAAAACUACAAAGAGAUGGUUGACAAUUGGAAUAUCUGGACAGUGGCGUGGCUUCGACGAGUUGUGUAUGAACGAGUGGAUGGUCCCUACCGUACUCUGGCGGUUUAUGUGACUGGUGCCGCGUGGCAUGGAUUGGCUGUUGGAUACUACUUCUCCUUCUUGACAAGUGCUCUGUUCACACUUACUGCGGCUACGUUCCGCCGUUGCAUGCGUCAUCGAUUCCUGGACAACUCAAUGCACAAAUUGGUCUAUGAUAUUUUUGGAAUGAUUGUCUCUAAAUUUGCAAUCGGUUACAUCCACUGGCCAUUCUUCGUUAUGCACUUCUGGCCGAGUAUUUUUGUCUACAGAAAACUCUACAUGAUUCCUCAUCUUAUCGCUCUCUUGAUUUACUUCUACCUUCCUCAGAUUUUCCCUCCACAGAAAAAGAGCAAGGAGAUAGUGUCGAGUGCAUCGAGUAGUAGCCAGCAUACUGAGAAGUCUGAAAUCUCAACAAGACAAAGCUCCACUCGAACGGCUCUCUCCAGUCGGACUGUCAUCGAAAAAUAG